UUCAAACUGGUAAGCGACAUCAAACCAUCAGGGUCUUUUAGUCGCAUUUCAGGUGAGAAAGCGGACGGAGGUUGAGACAGAAAUAGUUGCGCAAUUUCACGUGUGCUGUCACCGCCGUCGGGAAAAUUUUUGAGAAGAAAUGAGUGUCAGUGCCGGGACAACGCGGAUUGUGGCCAUGGAAGGACAUUUGAAUAGCAGCAGCUUCGACAUGGACCAGCGCGAUCCCAACAACCUCAACAAUCACCUCCAAGUGCAAUGGAGCGACGUCAUCGGUGAACCUGAAUCCAUAAGGAGUAACGACUGCAUUUGGAAUUGCUCCUACAAAUGUUACCGCGGGACUAAAAACUGCUGCUACCAAAGUGUCACGCUCCUCUUCGCUCCGUUGUUGGCCUUUUGCAUGGGCUUGCAAUUCGCCUGUCUGGCCUUUCAACACAUUUGGUGCUACGUGCCGUGUAUUCGCUGCUUGAAGAUCAAUUGUUCCGUCGUUCGGGACGUGACCACCAUCAUUCUCCAGGCUUUGUGCGCUCCGUGGAUAGAGACGUGCGGCCAUUGCUUGUCACGCGUCAAGGUCCGCUACCAACGGAUUUCCGACCUUCAGGAAGAAGAGGAUCUCAUGACGGUCUGAAUAAGACGCGUGAAAACCGCGGCAGCUGCAGCACACAGAAUCUUAUAUACCCCACUCAAAUCGAGCCAUCGCAUUUAUUCCACCCUCCUCGUCGUAUAAUGAGUGUCAACAUUUUCAUUUUUCUAAAUUCUGAUUGAUUCAAAUUUAUAUUUCAAUACUCACACAAUCUACUAGGCUUGAAAUUUAGCUUAUACGUCUGGUCCAACAAUGCGCUACGCUGUACAAAAAGUGCCUUUCAUUUCAAUGUCAUUUGGCCGUCCUUUUGGAAAUGCGCGUCAACUUUUAAAUUCAAAUACACGGAAUACUCAAGA